UGCCUCUGCUGCAAGAAGUAAACAAACUCUUAUCUGGGUGUCAGUGCACGGUGGGCAGCUCGCAGUCCACAUCCCUCCGCUGCAUCUAAGGCUAAGUUGCCCUAUAACUUCCUACUAUUACUUCUUGUUGCCCCCUUCUCUCCUUUAAAGCAUUCCUCUCUGCACGGAUCAGAUCCCUCCUUCCUCUUAUUCUGCACUGAAACCCUCAUCUGCCUUAGCGAGGCCCAUAAAACUUACUGGGCCCGUCACAUCCCAUUCAUUUGCAUGCAAAACGGGAUCCAGUCUCUUACCCAUUGGAAAACAAAUUUUUUACUUUUUUUUGCAAAAAAAAUAAUAAUUUGCAUUUUUUUUUUUUUUUUUAAAUUUACAUUUUCGGAUUCUUUUUUUUUGGGGGGGUGAUUUUUACAAAGUUGCAUUAUGGAUUGCGUCCGAAUGUUAAAUAUUCAGAGGCUCCUAGAUGCUGCCGAAUAUCUGGAUAGAAGAGACCGAGAGUGUGAACAUGGCUAUGCCUCCAUCUUCCCCUCCAGCGACAGCUUGGAGCUUCACGGGCUGAAAACAAGAAGGUUAAAAUCGAAGAGAUGCAGUAAUAAUAAUCUAGGAAGCGGCACAAACAGAUCCACACACAACGAGUUGGAGAAGAACAGGAGGGCUCACUUACGGCUCUGUCUAGAACGUCUGAAGGACCUUAUACCCCUAGAAGCCGAAAGCACCAGGCACACCACCCUGGGACUACUAAACAAAGCCAAACUGCACAUCAAGAAACUUGAAGACUCGUCACGGAAAGGCCAACAUCAGCUGGAUAUGUUAGAAAGGGAACAGCGCUUUUUGAAGAGGAGGUUGGAGCAGCUACAGGGCUGUGCAGAGCCGGAAAGGGUGCGAGCGGACAGUGUGGGCUCCAGCGCAUUGUCCGAUCGGUCUGACUCAGAACGAGAAGAGAUCGAGGUGGACAUCGAAAGCACAGAAUUCUCCCAUCUGGAAGUGGACAGUUCUAGUGGCACCAGCAUCAGUGACCUGGACGACCACAACAGCCGGCAAAGCUUGGGCAGCGAUGAAGGAUAUUCCAGCGCUAGUAUCAAGCUCCUCUACAGCUCAUAAGAGUCCUGGGCUAACGACAGUGGAUUGGACUUACUGCCCACGGUCACCGGUGGUGCACUCAUGGAUUCAGUCAAUUGUUUUGUUCCUCCAGGUCUCCAAUCAUGAAUGGAGUUGGACAUUCUUAGGGGAUUUUAUUCUGUUUUGCUGGACCAAAAACCUUUGACCAGCUCCUUCUCCUUCUCUUCUCCAAUGGCAUAAGGGCAUUCCCUGAAGGUUACACAACUCCUGCAGUGUUGGAGGUCAUGACAGCGAUCUAAACUUUUUAGCACAACUUGAAGAUCUCCCUAUGGUGUUAUGUUUUCCGUAUGAAUCGGAAGCUUUGAAGAUGACGUUCAUUGUUUUGUGUUCUUUGCCUUAAUUCGGCAUCUUUAGAAGACUUUACAAACGUACCACACGGUGGUGUAAAACAAAAAGAACUUCCUCACUGUGGUCAACGGAGUGUCUUCUCUUCUGGGUCUUGUAGUACCCUUCAUUCCGGAAAACCACUUGCUAUUCUCUACAUUGUUCCCCAUAUGGUCUUUGAUACUCAUUCAAUCUACCAGCAAAAAGAUUCUUCACUUGCAUCAGCCUGGGGGGCAUGUUUACAAAAAGGUUAUCCAACCUCUCUGAUCAACUUGGUCGUCAAGAACUUGGUAUUUGGCAAACUCGUACUGUCUUCUGCCUUGUCAGAAGUGUAUAAUUUGUACACCUAGUGCUGGUGCACGGUGACCAGAGGAUGCCGUCACAUCUGGAAGCUUCUCCAGAUGCAAAUUUUUAUUUUAUUUUUUUCUGCUGUUUUUUAUUUUGGUUUCUCUAGACUGGAGUUUGGCAGAACUACAAGCCCCAACGUGGCCUUUUGUUGCAGCAUGCCUAGAACCCCUGGCACUUGUUCAAUAGGGGCACCACUUGGGCCAGCCCUACAACCAACAAGCAUUUGGUUAAUAGUUAAAAGAGGGUUCAGGUUUACAAAAAAUCUUCUGGCCCAUGUGACCCAGACUGCCACUGUGACACCACUUGAGACAAGUGCAGUAGAUUCUGUUGUAAACUUAGUUUAUGUUGAGAUGCCCUCUAAGAAUUUUGCAUUUUCUUUAAAUUUUUAAGAUGCAUAUCAUGCAUGCCAAGUGAGUUCUCUGCCUCAGUUUAAAUCUGAUUAAUAGGGCAGUAUGAGAGACCCUGACAUGACUGGUUGUUAGGGACAAGUUGGUGACAACUCCAUAUAUUAUGCCAUAGCUGUUAGGGCAUCCACAUCAUGAUUCAUACUGGCACUGUGAUGCCAGCUGAGAAGACUGCAAUACUCACAACAUGCCAUUCCCUAUCUCAGCCUGCAAUACUAAUAAGAUUUGUAGCAAACUGAAGUUAGGUAGAGAUGCCCUUUAGCAUGAAUAUAGCGUUUUCUUUCGAUUCUUAGAUACAUUUACGUUAAUGCAUCGCCUUCAAUGGCAUAUUAAAGGGGUGAGGACUUUUUAUGCUGGUGAGCCCCUCUAAACUGUAAAGUCAGCACCAGCCAUCGACCAGGAUACGACCACUGCUCCCUUUCUUUAAAGGAGUUUUCUCACUUCAUGGCAUUGAUUUAUUUUUCCAUCACAUUUUACACUGCUCGUUUCUAUGGUUACGACCACCUUACAAUACAGGAAAAUGCGCCAGCCUGUUGUGCGCUCCCAUGGCCCCGGCCACCAGAGAGGCCGGCGCUUUUUCACAUAGUGUGCAAGCAUGACCACCGCAGCUGGAUUGUAGGGUGGUCGUAGCUAUAGAAACAAGCGAUGGAAAACUGAAUCCAGCCAGCAAAGGAGGCAAUAUGGAGAAUCACGAUACAUUAGUAAGUGCCUUGUAUUAGGUUUCUCUACAUGAUAAAUGCUAUUUGCUGAAGUGAGAGGACCCCUUUAACAAUGUCUCCUAAAUAACCACAAAGCAGCCAUCUUGAAUCCGGAGAACCCCCUUUAACGAAUGUAACCAAUUAGGUGGGGGGCUUAUAAAUGUACUGAUCCAUUAUAAUCAUGAAAAAAGAAAUA